AUGGCGCGAAUCUGUGCGAAGUUUGCGUUUGCGAAACGUUGUUGAAUAACGGGCUCUCUAGUGUGUGUGCUGGAAACAAAGCUCACCGAAUGCACUAAAAAUUGAAGUUAAAGCUAGCUAAAUUAGUGCUCUACUGAACUGCCGAUUUCUUCCUUACAACUUUAGUUCAUUCUCAUUGCUGUGAUGGCAACUCCGAGGGAGCGGGCGCUGGUGGCGAAGUCGUUGGUGUUGAUGUUACAGUCACUGCGAGGCCGACAGACUACGAUUGAACUGCGCAACGAACUAAGCGUCUGGGGCACCGUUGAAAGUGUGGACGCGUUCAUGAAUGUGGACCUGAGCGAUGCGACUGUGGUCGGCCCCAGCGGUGAGAAGAACUAUGCAAGCUUUUUUGUACAGGGACGCCAAGUACGCUACAUCCACAUACCAGAUGACAUAGACAUGGCAGCUUCACUCCAGUUGCAGGACACGCGGGCACAACAGGAUCAAGAAAAACCCGUAUCUCUAAUUGUCAUGCGGACACGACUACUGCGAGAGAAGAUUCGGCGCCAAAAGCAGGACAGGCUUCUGCGGAGCACCGAGUCCUCCAAGGGACCUCGCUAGAAUGCCCAACAAACUCUGCCUGUUGACUUUUGCCCGAUUCGUUCGAAGAAUAGUAUUCCUCUUUAACUUUCUUGGGUGUUUCGGACUGCUGUGUGCCUACAAAUCAAAUGUCAGAAAUCGAAACUGCUGAAUAAAAAGCUUUGAUGUGUUUA